AUGUCACUAAUAACAUAUUUAAACGAAGAAAAAACAAAAGGAAAAUAUGUCUAUCCUAAUGGGAACAUAUAUAUAGGAGAUUUUAGAAAUGAAAAAUUUCAUGGACAUGGUAUUUUAAGUUUUAAGGAAAAAGGUAAAUUUAAAGGAAUUUGGAAAAAUGGGAAAAUUAUUAGUGGUCAAUAUUAUUUCAGUGAUGGUUUAAAGUAUGAAAAUAAUUGGAAAUAUUUAAUUGAUAACCCUUAUUUUUAUAAUGAACAAAUUAACAGCAAUGAAGUUAUUUACAAAGAAGAAAAAAAAAAUGUUUACUUGGAUAAAAUUUAUGAUAUAGGGGAUGGAUACUGCAAUAUUGAAGAAAAAAUUGUGUAUGAUUUUAAUAAUAACAAAGAAAUUAGAAAAGUGAAUGAAAGAGAAAAAAAUUGGAUAAGAAACCAUUGUGCAAAAUACUAA